GAACUAAACAUGAGGCAAAACCAGCUGUCUUUCCUGCCGGACGACUUUCGUAAACUGACAGGUUUGGUGAAUGUUAAGUUAUGGGACAAUAAGUUCACAACUUCCCCGAGCAGCUUUUGGAUCUCAUAGAGUUAGAGGAGCUAGAUAUCGGGUGCAACGAGCUAUUGGAAGUCCCAGAAAACAUCGAUGUAUUACAAAAAUUGAAAAUGCUCCGGCUGUACAAAAACAAGCUGCAAAACCUUCCAGACACUUUUUGCAACUUACGCCAACUGGAAAUGUUCUACCUUGGAGAUAACGGGCUUUCGUCUCUCCCUCGUGACUUCGGCAAGCUGACGAACUUAGCCGAUCUAUGGUUCGGUAACAAUCGUUUCGAAGAUUUCCCAGAGCAAGUUCUCUGCCUCGUCAACCUCAAGAUUCUCAAUUUCAGUGGAAAUAGUUUAAAGAAGAUACCAGAGGACAUCCACAAGUUGAACAAACUCGAGAACUUUUACCUGGAUAAGAAUGACCUGACGUCACUUCCGGAAUCGAUUUGUAGAAUGACGUCAUUGACCGUUCUCCAUCUGCAAGAUAACCGAAUCACCGCGCUGCCAAUGGGGUUUGGGAGCCUCGUCAACAUCAGGAAACAUGGUGAUCUCCGACUCAAGAACAACCCCCUAUGUCAGCCUCCGCUUGAAGUUUGCGCGGGAGGCAUUGAAUCCAUUGCCGCGUACCAAGAGGAACUUGGGCGGUCAACAGCGACUGUGGUACCGCAGGUUAAGCUGACCCUGGUCGGGACACCUCUUUCGGGGAAAACUAGCCUCAGCAACGCCUUGAUUCAGCAAGUGUCGGCACUUACCAAGGAAGAGGACCGCACACACGGGGUGCAGAUCACACCGUGGUCGACAGGAGGCGAUGUGAAAUUGCUAGUGUACGACUUUGGAGGACAUCCUGUCUAUCACAUGACCCACCAGUUAUUCCUCACCAAGGGCAGUCUCCACAUCCUCACGGUGGACCUCGCCAGCUACAGAAGAGAGUCCUUCCCUGCGUCUGUCGGCAAGUGGGUGGACAUACUCCGCGCAAGGGUUCCUGGGACACACGUCCUUUUGGCGGGAACACACGUGGACCAGAUAAGAGACGCAGAAGAAAUGCGGAUGAAAUGUGAAGACAUCGAAAACCAAAUCGACCUAAUGCAACAGAAUUACGUGAAGGAUCUUGACCGACAGAUGAGAAAGAUCAAGAAAGAGCUUCAAUCCGCCCGAGAAGAAAGUUCAGAUUCCAGCCAAAACGGCUAUGCCAAACGUCUGACCGAACUAGAGGACUUAAAGUCCAAACCGCUGAAGUUCUCCCAAGUUUUCCCGCUCAGUUCGGCAGAGGGUCUUGAGGGAGUCGAAGCACUGCGAGCUGAAAUCUUACGGGUUCUGGAAGACACGUCCGCCUUCCCAGACUUACGCCGCGUACUGCCGAAGACGUGGGCUGACCUGGAGACAAGACUCGAAAGUCUGAGAAAAGACGAGAGCCUGUCAGUUUCAUGGUCAGCGUGUCGCAUGCUUGCAUCGGAGGUUGGUCUCACCUCGGAGAAAAGCAUAGAAACCGCGGUAGGAUACCUACACCGGAAGGGCGUCAUCCUCCACUACAGCGAAAACGAGGCUCUCCGUGAUCACGUGUUCCCAGAUCCGGUUUCUAUUGUGGAGAUCUUCAAGGGUCUAUUCCACUACGACACGGAUUCGGUGUUCAGCGUCGACAACCCGCGGUUUGAAGACAUGGUCAGCAUGGAGCUGGACAGAGUCAAAACGUCCCUGCUUCAAAAUGGCCUCCUGUCACGUGACGUCAUCCACAUGCUCCUCACCGACAGUCCCAUGAUGCUUCAGUCUGACCUCGUGAUGGACCUGCUCCUGGAGUUCGGUCUUUGCUACCCUGUACCGACCAGUCCGUCCACAGACGCCAUCUUUGGUACAUGUAGGGGCCAACAAUACCGGUUCCCUUCCUAUCUACAGAAUAACCCUCCGCAGACAUACAGCAAAGUGUGGCCCGCACAAAUACCAGAGCACCAGGAUCAAAUCGAACUAGGCCACACUCUGAAGGGGUUCUGCCCACCGGGACUGUUUGAACGUCUUUGCGUCCGAAUCCAUCCGCACGUGACCUUCAGACAGGACUGGAAAGAUGGCGUCAUGGCCUGCAAAGGCGACCUCCAGGUCAUGGUCCAGAGAACCCUGCGUCGCACAGGGGACUCUGGGCACGAGAGCGCCCCCACGACACAGUUUUCCUCACGGUUUGACGUCAUCAACCCCAAUGACGAGAUUGACGUCAUCAUGACGACAAGGGCGGACACCACCGACGUCAACCGGAUGUGGAAGGUCAUACUUCCGCUUCAAGGCGAGCUGGACAACCUCCUGAACGAGUGGCCAGGGCUGACCCAUUCGGCAUUUGUCACGUGUCCCCACUGCAGCAAGAACAACGCUGUUGGUGACAGGUACCGUUUUCCCGGCCAGAUCUUACAACAGCCGGCCCCUGAAGAAGACAGAAUGGUGUGCCCGGGAUCCGGAGGAACCGCCUUCUUCAGAACGUGUUUAGUCUCUCCUCUGAGAGCAGCGACUGAAGCCGACACCAAUGCGCAACCGACGAUGGGACAAGCUGCUGGCUCUACCGUGAACAGCGCUGACGUUAAAGGCUUCUGCAACACGGUUAUUCAGACUGGAAGUAACUGCAUUAUUAAUAUGACCCCUAACACCAUAGAAAACGAAGAUUCCGAGGUACAGCAUAUGACGGUGGAAGACGUUGAAGAGUUCCUGCAGUCCUUGAGACUUGACGAACACACGGAAACUUUCAGACAGAAGGGGGUUGACGGCGCCAUGUUGGCUCGUAUGGACGAUCGCGCGCUAAGGACCAUGGGAGUGAGAAAUCCAGCGCACCGAAAAGUCAUCCUUGAAGCCACUGCCGCACUUUGUGUAAAAACAUCUUUUACAGUUGACACUAAGUGAUAACUCUACAUGACUUAUUGCAGUUGCUUGCGUUUUAUCAACUGUAAAAUAUCAAUGUCAACAUCGAAGUCACAUUUGAUGAUAUUUUCGUACUUAAACUCUAUAGAUAUAGAUCAUGUGGAUAUGUGCGAGUAUUUAAAUGUACUAUAUAACAUUAUAAGGAAUAUAUGUAUAUAUAAAUGUCUCUUAAGGAAUUGUAUGAAAUGAAAUGGAUUUUCAUGUACGUACUGCAGUACCGAUGCAGUAGGAUGAGUGGCGUUACAAAAUCUAGGUGCCUUUUCUUGCCAAGCUGUUUUCUUUUAAUGGUAACUAGAGCACAACACUAUUUGCAGUUGGUGCUAGACGGAUCUUAGUGUGAGCCGCUUUAGAGGGUUAAAUAGAGCUAGGUACAUCUGACUGCAGAAGUGGUAUUGAUUUUAAAAAAAACAGCAGAGGUUAUCGUUGCAGGUCUUGUGUAUCCCCAAAAAAUAAAUGUA